AGUACAGAUGUCAUGAAUUAUUUUCGUUCGACGAUCGGACGUGGCGAUUGUUUUUCAAUAAGCAAUCGAUUUUCUCUGGAUAAUUUCGCAUUGAUAUAGCGAAUACCGCGAAUUAGAAGUUCCGUAAUAACGUGAUCAAUCGAUAAUGGGUCUUUGCAAGUGUCCUAAGCGGCAAGUGACUACGCAAUUCUGCUUCGAACAUCGGGUGAACGUCUGCGAAAAUUGCAUGGUUGUAAAUCACACCAAGUGUACGGUUCAAUCAUACAUCCAGUGGCUAAAGGAUAGUGAUUUUGAUUCGUCUUGUCCAUUGUGCGGAAGUCCACUUGACAACGAGGAUUGUGUGCGACUUAUCUGCUAUCAUGUGUUUCAUUGGAAAUGUUUGAAUGCGAAACAACAAUCCUUGCCGGCAAAUACUGCACCUGGGGGACAUACAUGCCCAACCUGUAGCGAUCCUAUUUUCCCACCAGUCAAUCUAGUCUCACCAGUGGCCGACGUUCUCCGGACAAGAUUGGGACAGGUGAACUGGGCGAGAAACGUUCUUGAGCUUCCGUUGCUAUCGGAAGAUAAACCAGAUUAUUACACCACUGCGACCACUUCGGCUGGGGUUCACAAUGGAAAUACCUUUGCGUCCAGUAUGUCCCAAACCAGAUCGAACGAACGACCCGAAAGUCCUCACUCAAUUGUUAACAUGGAAUCGUACGUUAGUAAUGCAUCACCUGCUCUAGAUUUUCACGCGAGCAGUCGACGUCCACUGUUGGCUCGGGAGUCCCCAAUAGGGGCAUCCGAUAGGGACGAUAAUAAGUAUAAGAGAAGGACACCCCAGGAAAUAUUCUCCCGCUGGUCUAGAAGACUGUACGCGCCAUCCUCAAAGCCACCAUGGAGACGAACGUGGUUCCUUGUGCUUGGAGGUUGCAUUGGUUUUGUUUGCAUCAUUUACGUUCUAGCCACUUUGGGACGCCGCGGCGGAGAUGGAGAAGUGGGCCUGAUUUACAACCGUAAUCUGCCGCACGAAGAAUGAAGGAAUGCUAAAAUGGUAAAGCACCACCAUUCCAACACGAAAACAACACAGAUCAGUCUUUUACUAUUCAAAUUAUUUCUAUAUUUGUUAUUUUGUAUUAUCUAAUAUAUUUCUAGGGUCACAUCUACCAA